AUGGUAAGUCGUGAAAGAUCGUGUCCAGGCUUCGAUGCGAUCCAGAAGAACGACAACGAACGAGUGACAUUCCAAAACAAAGUGCUCACCAAAGGCGAGAAUGGAGGCGAUGCUCGCGAGCCUUUAUUGUUCAAUCGACCUCGAAAAAAACUCCCGAGGAAAAUGAUCCCGUCCAGAUGCCGCGUCAGCUGCAUCCUCCAUGGGAGUCCGGUCUCACCUUCCGACUGGAUAUGUUAUGGUACCCUGACGCGUGCUGAAGAUACCGCGCCAUACCUUCCGUACCAGUUCCAGUAUUCGAUUGAGCAUCCCGAGGGUGGGCAGAGCUCUCGCGUCGAGAAAGGAAACAGGGAUGCGGUCACAGGCUCUUAUCAGAUAACCACAGCGGAUGGAUUGAAACGAAUCGUGAACUAUGUGGCCGAUGGGAGCGGCUUUCGGGCUUUUGUCGAUUCGAAUGAGCCGGGAGUCAAGAGCGGUGAAUACCCUGCCCCCGAUAAUGCGGGCAAGGAGUACGUUCCAGACAGAACGGAUGUUGCGCCAGCACCCGCGUCUCGAGCGCUCCCUGUCCCAGGUUUCCGCAAAAUACAACACGUUCAUGAGACCCCUCUUUACCAGGAGGUGCCCGUACGAACUGCCGGUCGCACGUACUAUCAAGAUUUCAUACCCCAGGAGUUCUCUCCACAGAGACCCUUGCACGUGGUGUCGAACGCUCAGCCCGGGCUGAGUUUCCCUCCGAGACAAGGCCGUAAACUCGAGGAUGUUGACGCUGUCUCGCCUGUUCUAACUCUGAGACCGGAUCCUCGAGAAGAGAGAGGUCUGCCUCAACAGGAACCGGUCAGCGAACAAGUAGCCCAUAGUCCAACACUGUACUUCAACACGCCGAAUAAGGAGGAAGAGGGUGGAGCGAUCAUCACGAAGAACAAUCUGAAUCCACCCGUGAAAUUUUUCCCGCCCGGAAGCGGCAUCGCUCAGCGAGGGCGACCAUUCCAACCGUCUGUUCCUCAAAUCCAAAACCAUCAUCCCAAGAACUACCCUGUGCAGAACCCGAGUGAGCUUCUAUCGGUGGAUGUGCAGCCCGUAGAUAAGAGACUGGGCGAUCUGCUACCCGAUUUCGAAGACGUGCAUCAUCCGUAUGAGUUCAAGUUCAGCAGUGGUCUCCACGGUCAUAAGCAAAGCGGAGAUAGCACAGGAAAGGUCAAAGGCGAGUACUACCUGCGCGGCCACGAUGGACAGCUGCGCAAAGUCGUAUACGAAGCCGAUAAGAAUGGGUUCCGAGCCCAUGUGGAUUCGAAUGAGUUCGGGAUCGUCAGUCAUAAGCCAAACAACGCCACGAUAACCCGAACUGGGAAAUUGCCGCAAUACACGGGUUUCUACGAUCGCGCUCCGGAUAACGUUCACAAGCCGGAAAGAGCACUUGAGCGGCCUCCACGACCCUCUGUAUACGUCGGACACGACGUUGGACUCUUGAUCGACAACAACGGCCGCUUCCAGGACCCGGAGAGCUGGCGUCAGCCGCAGCAAUCAUUCGUCCCCGCCUCGAUCUCACGCGGGAACUCGCGAAGGGAGCCUCCGCGUGAUCAGGGUAUCGACACAUCCGGAAAAUUCGACUCUCGGCGCAAGCCUGAAAGACCAACCGAUCCUUUCACGGAUCUCAAGCAGCGACCUGAGAAUCUCGACAUUGUCGAGCCCGUAGCCCCGCAGUCUCCGCAGAGGGUGCAUCCUGGCUCUCGUUCACGUCAGACCUUCGCGCCCAUUAACGCUAGAGAAGAACAGCCGGGAAAUCGACCGAGUGCGCCGCGACAGUAUCAAACGCCGUCCAUUCCCAGUACUCCGACGGUUCCGAACAAUCCGCGGUCGGAUCGAGAAAGACCCAAUCGAGGCUUCCCAGCCGCCCAACGCGCCGUUCAAAAUGAUGGAACAGUCCGAGUACCAGAAGCCAACACCCCGUCAAGGAACUACCGGGAGAGAAAUGCUGAGAACGUUCCGAUCAACACAUCCGAGCGACUUAGGGAGCCAUAUACCCCUGUUCAGAGAGGAGACUUCCGCCAGCCUCAUCACGGACCCGGGUUCGGCUACCAGUUCAGCACGAGUCACGAUCAGGAAGUCGCAGAAGUCCCUCCUCGCUUCUCCCGACUCGACAACCCUCAGCUGCCUCCGGCUGCUCGGACUCCUCAGAGAGACGCGACUCCGAACGCUGCGAGGUCUCCCCCCUCAGGCUUGAACUUCAACUUCGGAUCUCAGGUCGUCCAGCAACCGCCGACGGACCGAGUUCCGGCGCGUACUGGCAACAGGUCGCCAUUCGAACAAGCGGACCAAAGGCCUUUCCGGGAGGAUCCGCGACGAGGUCGACUCCUGGUACCGGCUGUGAUCAUCGAGGAGAAGAAUGAUGCGCCGAGCUACUUCGAUGGAACUUAUCAGCCUUUGAGGGACCCUCCACCGCAGCGCAAUGUGGCGCCUCCUCAAGCUAGAGCCUUUGGACGGCCUGCAUCUCCGAAUCUCAAGACGCCGGCAUCAGAAGCGCUCAGGAGCGGUCCCGGAGCUACCGUCUCCCCAGCGCCGAUCAAAAAAUUCGGACCCCCAGCUGCGACUCCGCUUCCGUCUGAGUUCCAGGGCCCAACCAGCAGCGAACUCAAUGAAGCCACGCCAACCCCAUCCACUGGGGAUGUCACGACGAGGCAUCCCAACGCUGCGCGAGCCGGAAAAUCUAGUCCUCUCCUUCGGAUGUACGAUAACGGCGUAGUUAUCGGAGGUCCCGAGCCUCAGAAAAUCAACUAUGACCCAAUCAACGAUAACCCUGCUCGACAGGGAAGGAAUUUGAACGACGGAGACCAACACAGCGGGUACGCGCCGCGUAAUUUCGGUCCGGUGUACUACAAUAACGUGGAUCAGAUCAACCACUACAGCAAUUUCGCCGAGACGUCCGAACCGAAUCGGAAUGCACGUGUCGUUCAUGAAACGGUCACCCAUCAAGUGGAAGUGCCAAAAUUUGGUCCCACGACGAGCUCUCCACUGGAUCGGACGGCUUUCAGUCCCGCCGACGGCGCAGACCUCAUGUCCUUCGCAGUGAGGAAAGUCUCACGCAGAAGACGGAGGAAGCAGAGGUAUCAGAACCAACAAAGUGUUCAGCCAAAUAAUAACGAGAGAAAACUCCCCGAUGAGCGAGGCGAAUUCCGUUCCACCGAGCAGCCGGAGUAUCCCACAGCUAGACGCGGGAAACAGUUGAGUAUUCCGCGGUUCGAACGUUUCGGUACAUCGAACCCGAUUUUGGAACAGAGUCCCGAGAGACAAGUGCCGAUUUACUCGCCCUAUAAGUUCGGCUUUGACGAUCGAUACGACGGUGGCCGGAUAGCGCGGCAUGAAGAGUACGACGGAACCGGACGGGUAAGCGGAUUCUACACCAUUGAAGAUCCCGAUGGACGUCGACGACUCGUGAAGUAUGUCGCAGACGAGAACGGUUUCCGGGCCCACGUCUUGACGAACGAGCAAGGAACUGACAAUCAGGAUCCGGCGCAGAUCAAAGUCUACUCGACAAGUCCCCACUAUGUUCCGCAACAUAUCACCUUCAAUGGUGUGCCUCUGGUAGCGUGA